AUGCCUUUUAUACAAUCAUUAAAAAACCUUACUUCUUCCACUGAGUCCAAAAUCAGAACAGCAACCAACCAGGAUCCGUUGGGUCCUUAUAAUAGCGAGUUGACAGAACUUGCUAGGCUAACAUUCAGCAAAAAACACUUGUCCAUCAUCAUAUCUGUUAUCAAUAAGCGUCUAAAGCCAGUAUUACAAUCCCACACUAAUAGUGCUUCCAUCAAAAGAUCAAACUCAUCAGUAGCACCACAUGGAACUCACUAUAGCACACCAAGAAGAUCUAACACCAUAUCUGGCGCAUUACGCAGCCCAUCUCAAAAACAAGUGUUGGAUGAUAAAACAUAUCUUAGUUUGUUGAAAACUUUAACUGUGAUUUUAUAUAUUUUGCAAAAUGGAUCUGUCCAGUUCAUAGAUUGGUUGCUUAAAGAUUACCCUAGAAUAAUAUCUCCUCUUUUAGAAAUGCCUUAUCCAUCAAAGUAUAAAGAUUCCAUUAGACAUAAAAUCCAUAAAAUCAUAUCCUUAUUGGAAGUACCCGAGAACUUAAACAAUUAUAGGGUAAAUAUUCACAAAUUGAGAAGUGAUAUGUUGGUACCGGGAUUGAAAAGAACAAGCUUGGAUGGUGUCGAUUUGUUACAAGUAGAACAAGAAUUCGAACCAGCUCAACUGAUUUCUUCUCCCCGUAUUCGUCCUACUACACCACCAAUAUUAAGGUUGAAAUCGAUUCAUGAACAUCAUAAUGACGAAUCCGGUGACCAAGAUUCUAACUACACUUUAACCAGUCAAUCAUCUUCUCCAAGUUUUGCUGCCUCAACUAUACCAAUCAAUCAUAAACAAACAAACGCUUCAACAGUGAGUAAUCCUCAUCAACUAUCGCCAAUAUUUUGA